UCUCUCUCUCUCUCUCUCUCUCUCACACACACACACACACACACACGCGCGCACUGUCUCUGCUGUUCACGUUCCCAGAUAGAAGUACCAAGAAAAUAAUCUUUCAUUGAUUCAUCUCGUCGGACAGCAUGGCCUCUGGUGUCACAGUCAGUGAUGAAGUCAUCAGAGUCUUCAAUGACAUGAAAGUACGAAAGUCCUCGACCUCAGACGAGGUGAAAAAGCGCAAAAAGGGAGUGCUGUUCUGCCUCAGCGAUGACAAGAAGAAGAUCGUGGUAGAAGAAGGCAGGCAGAUCUUAGUCGGAGACAUUGGAGACAGUGUCGAUGACCCAUACGCCUGCUUCGUGAAGCUCCUUCCUCUCAACGACUGCAGAUACGGCUUAUACGAUGCCACUUACGAAACUAAAGAGUCCAAGAAAGAAGACUUGGUAUUUAUAUUUUGGGCCCCUGAAGGUGCGCCGUUAAAAAGCAAGAUGAUUUAUGCUAGCUCAAAAGAUGCCAUUAAGAAGAAGUUUACAGGAAUCAAACACGAAUGGCAGGUUAAUGGUUUAGAUGACAUUCAGGACCGCUCAACCCUGGCAGAGAAGUUGGGUGGAAACGUGGUCGUAUCGCUGGAGGGGAGACCAUUGUAAACUCAACAGCCAUGUGCCAUCUGGAAUCCACACGCUCUCAUCUAUCAUAUGAUCAUGAAGGAAUAAUCCUAGUUGUCUUUAUUUCCUUUUUUUAGUUUGUUUUUUGCUGUUGUUUUUUUUUUCCACACUAAGGAGAUCUCAUUAACACAUGUAAGAAAAAAUCUACCAGCUGAAUGCUAGCUUACUUUUGCAGUUAACUUUUAUACGUCCCUAAAGAACUUUCUCUUUGUGUUUUGCCAAAUGACAGAAGAAAGCUUGGAUGAUCAGAUAUUAAGAGUUGAUUUUUUAUUAUGCUGUAAGAGAAUGCUGUACGUUAAUGCCUCACAGCAAUGUGUUAACCGGUGACGAGCACUUUACACGUUUGAAACUAUUUAUUUGAACUCUUCUGACUAAUCUGGCUCAUUUGACAUGGCGAUUACAUUUAGUCUAUGCAGAUAAACAAAGCACUUUUGGUUUUUACUCUCCCAGUUGAAGGAGGACUAUGGGAUUUCUGUCUGUGUCAGAACCGGGAUAGAAGUUAGCACAGUUGUCAUUGCUGUUACACAUACGGACAUAAACAGAUGGGUUCUGAACUCUUCACUGCAGCCUUUGAUUCAAACACACCUCUGAACGUGAAGCCCAGCUGCUUGGAAUGAUCUCUCUUCUAUUAACACUACAUGAAAACACAGCAUUAUCUGUAAAGUUGGCAAUAUUUGCGGCCUGAAGUGAAACAUUGUUUCUGAGAUCGAGGAAGGUGCCACUGUGAAAUAAAAUCUUGUGGCAGGA